UUAACAAGCUUUUACAAGCAAAGCCUCAAGUGGUAACAUCAUAUCUAUAGAAAAAAGAGGGAUUCUGCUACAAGAAGAAGACAUUGAGAGAUGGAGGAGAAAAUACCCAUGAAGAAUCUGCAUAGCAGAGAGUAUCAAGGUCACAAGAAGAAGGUGCAUUCGGUGGCGUGGAAUUGCACAGGCACCAAGCUUGCUUCCGGUUCUGUCGAUCAAACCGCUCGAGUUUGGCAUAUUGAGCCUCACGGUCAUGGUAAGGCUAAAGAUAUUGAAUUGAAGGGUCACACUGAUAGUGUGGAUCAACUAUGUUGGGACCCUAAACAUGCUGAUCUCAUAGCAACUGCAUCUGGCGAUAAAACUGUUUGUUUGUGGGAUGCUCGCAGUGGAAAGUGCUCUCAGCAAGCAGAACUUAGUGGGGAGAAUAUAAACAUCACCUAUAAACCUGAUGGGACACACAUAGCUGUUGGUAAUAGGGAUGAUGAAUUAACAAUACUGGAUGUUCGAAAAUUUAAGCCAAUUCAUAGACGCAAGUUCAAUUAUGAGGUAAAUGAAAUUGCUUGGAACAUGACAGGAGAAAUGUUCUUUUUGACAACUGGAAAUGGUACUGUUGAAGUACUUGCAUACCCAUUACUUAGACCAGUUGACACCCUCAUGGCUCACACAGCUGGAUGCUACUGCAUUGCAAUUGACCCAACAGGAAGAUAUUUUGCUGUUGGAAGUGCUGAUUCCUUGGUCAGCCUUUGGGAUAUAUCAGAUAUGCUUUGCGUGCGAACAUUUACAAAGCUUGAGUGGCCUGUCCGCACAAUAAGCUUCAAUUACACGGGAGACUAUAUUGCUUCUGCCAGUGAAGACCUAUUUAUUGAUAUAUCUAACGUUCACACUGGACGAACUGUGCAUCAAAUUCCUUGUCGAGCUGCCAUGAAUAGUGUGGAAUGGAAUCCAAAAUACAAUUUACUUGCUUAUGCUGGAGAUGACAAGAACAAAUAUUCAGCUGAUGAAGGUGUAUUUCGGAUAUUUGGCUUCGAAAGCAGUUAAUGAAGCAGUUCUAGUUCUAGUUGGGUAUUCAUUUUCUCUGCAAAACCAACUGUUCUAAACUUAUGCAUUUGUGAAUUUAGGUUGUAACACUUGAUUAUGGUUUUAUACAUUUAUUCACUGAACGAA